GAUAGGUCUCCAUGUGAGUUGAAAAAUCUUUUCGCAGCACUGUGUCGUAGCGAAACAGGUGAGUUGUUUGCUGUUGUUCUUGUUACCUUACGGAAAUAUAGGCCAUCGCUUUGCAUCAAUCCAAAAUACACCGACCCGAGAGUGAUCGACCGGUGAUGUGGCAUAGCUGAUACGAGUUUCGAGUCGGAAUAAGCCAAUCAAAAUGAUAGAUUCUUUGCUGGAUCUUCGCACGGUCAACCUGAUCAACUUCCUGUUCGUCCAGCUAAUCGUGAUUAUUGUUGUGCUCGGCAGUUUGAUAGCCACCAUUGAAAAGUAUCUACCAACGGCUAUCAGCCAAACGUUCCGCUACGGAAAACAUGCCCACAAAGGAGCCCAGGAUCGCUUGGUAUCGCUGCUGGAAGUUCCCAAGUCAUGGUUCAAACAUUUUUAUGUGUUUGCCGCCAUCUGGUCGGGUGCUGGAUUUUAUUUUAUGGUGAAUAAUUAUUUCCUAGGACAACCAGCGCCGAGCUAUGUGAUUGAUUUCCUCGAUAUUAUGGCUACAACGAAGCGAACCGCGAGAACCACUCCCACCGAAACGAUGGUGGCUAUUACCUUGAUCACGAUGCAAUGCUGGCGACGGUUCUACGAAACCUGGUUUGUGCAGGUGUUCUCCAACAAAUUGAAGAUGAACCUAUCCGCCUAUUUGGUGGGCUACAUUCACUACUUCGGAGCGGUGGUCGUCAUCCUAUCGCAAGCCGAAGGCUUCAUUCGAUCCGAUGCACUCCCACUUCCCUACCGGUUCGAGCUGACGCCCCGGUUAGCCAUCUGGAUUGCGGUGUUUUUCUACGCCUGGCGGUAUCAAUUUCAGUCGAACGUGAUACUGGCAAAUCUGCGCAAGGACCGUAGCACCGGCAAAGUGACCAACCAGAAGCACUCCAUUCCACGGGGCGGCUAUUUCGCGCUGGUGUCGUCACCGCAUAUGUUCUUCGAGAUUGUGAUGUACGUCGCCCUGUAUGCCAUCACAGCGAGAAACACGUCCGCGGUGUACGUGCUCGCAUGGGUGCUAUCCAAUCAAACGAUGAAUGCAUGGCUGACGCACCAGUGGUAUCGGGAGAAUUUCGCUGACUAUCCGCCCGAGCGACGUGCCGUGUUUCCCUGUUUGCUGUGAGCGGUUGUGGAGCGCGUGGAUGCUGUCCGAGGUUCGGAACGGAUGUUUCUUCUCCUCUUUGCUGAUAAACGGAAGAAGGUAAGUAGCUAUCUGCGAUGGAUUGUAAAUAAUUGUUGGAAUUGUGGCAUUCAUGGGAUUGGUAUUUGCAUAAAUUGAUAACAGUUUCAUGUAUGUUGUUCGUUUGCAUUUAUAAUAGAGUUUGUGCUUCUUCCCAAUCUACCCAAGAAUACAGCGUUCGUUUUCCGAUUGUUUUUGUCCAGGACAUGUUAUGUAUACCAGUGCGGAAGGUGCCUGCCAGAAUAAAAUCAGAUCUAUUUAUUUUGUUAUUUAUAAAGAUGAAUAAGUUCAGUUUA